CGCUGGCGUAGCGGCGGCGGCAGAGCACCGCCUGACAGCACACCACAAGUGGGGAGAGAAGAGCAGGCUGGACUGAACGCCUAGGUUGGAGGCCACUACUACAACAGCUCAAUCCUUGGUUGAGGUGGAACCAGCCCUCCUUGCCAUGGGCGGAGCCGCGGUGGACGAAGGUCCCACGGGUAUCAAGGCCCCUGAUGGGGGCUGGGGCUGGGCUGUCCUCUUCGGCUGUUUCGUCAUCACUGGCUUCUCCUACGCCUUCCCUAAGGCCGUCAGUGUCUUUUUCAAGGAACUAAUGCGGGAAUUUGGAAUCGGCUACAGCGACACAGCCUGGAUCUCCUCUAUCCUGCUGGCCAUGCUCUAUGGCACAGGUCCACUCUGCAGUGUGUGUGUGAACCGCUUUGGCUGUAGGCCUGUCAUGCUUGUGGGUGGCCUCUUUGCAUCCCUGGGCAUGGUAGCCGCUUCCUUCUGCAGAAGCAUCAUCCAGAUCUACCUCACUACAGGGGUCAUCACAGGCUUGGGUUUGGCUCUCAACUUCCAGCCCUCCCUCAUCAUGCUCAACAGAUAUUUUAACAAGCGGCGCCCCAUGGCCAAUGGACUGGCAGCAGCGGGAAGCCCGGUGUUCCUGUGUGCCUUGUCUCCAUUAGGGCAGGUACUACAGGACCACUAUGGCUGGCGCGGGGGCUUCCUCAUCCUGGGAGGCCUGCUCCUCAACUGCUGCGUGUGCGCCGCACUCAUGAGGCCACUGGUGGCGCCCCAGGUGGGCGUUGGGCCUGGGCCCCAGCAGCAGUCCAGGCGCUUACUGGACCUGAGUGUCUUCCGGGAUCGUGGCUUCCUCAUCUAUGCAGUGGCUGCCUCCAUCAUGGUGCUGGGCCUCUUUGUGCCUCCUGUGUUUGUGGUCAGCUAUGCUAAGGACUUGGGUGUGCCUGACACAAAGGCUGCCUUCCUACUUACCAUCCUGGGCUUCAUUGACAUCUUCGCCAGGCCCACAGCCGGCUUCAUCACAGGGCUCAAGAAGGUGCGGCCUUACUCCGUCUACCUCUUUAGUUUUGCCAUGUUUUUCAAUGGCUUCACCGACCUGACAGGCUCCACGGCCAGUGACUAUGGUGGCCUGGUGGUCUUUUGCAUCUUCUUUGGCAUCUCCUAUGGCAUGGUGGGGGCUCUGCAGUUUGAGGUGCUCAUGGCCAUCGUGGGCACCCACAAAUUCUCCAGUGCCAUCGGCCUCGUGUUGCUGUUGGAGGCUGUGGCUGUGCUCAUUGGACCCCCAUCAGGUGGCAAGCUGUUGGACGCAACGCAUGUGUACAAGUAUGUGUUCAUCCUGGCAGGGAGCGAGGUGCUCACCUCCUCCCUUGUGCUGCUGCUGGGCAACUUCUUCUGCAUCGGGAAGAAGUCGGAGGCGUCAAGACCCGAGGUGGUGGCCUCGGAGGAGGAGAGGCUCCACAAGCCCCCUGUGGACGUGAGGGUGGACUCAAGGGAGGUGGAGCACUUUCUGAAGGCAGAGCCUGAGAAAAAUGGGGAGGUGGUUCACACCCCAGAAACCAGCGUGUGAGGGGCCUGGCCAGGCGGGCAGGGAGCAGGGAAGAGGUACAGAGACUGGCAAUGCUCGUAUUUAUUUCACAAACAGGACCAGCUGAGGUGGGGCCAUCAGGCUCAGCUCUGGCUACCUGGUCAGCGGGUCAAUGUUUUGCAGGGGAGGUGGCAGAGUGGGACCGUGUCAUUCCAAAGUGGAUCUGUGGUAAAGCCAAGCAAGCCCCACAGUUACCAGCCGCCUGCACCAGGGACCCAGCCUGCUGAAUCAAAACAACCUGGACCACCUUCUCCCACCCCCUCCCCAGUCAAGGACCUAGAAACCCACGCUUAGGCUAAGACAACAUGACUUUAAUCAGAGGGCAGGGCUGGGACAGGCUGGCAGGUAGGUGCUGGCCCCCAGGCCCUCCCUGGUGCCUGCUUGACCCCACCUUCUUGCCUCCCACCUGGCCCUUAGUCUCCUGUGAUGGAGACAAAGUGCUCUUCCACCUGAGCGUACAGAACUAAACCUGGGUGUGGGAGCAGUCUCAGAGGGCCUUGUCUCAAGGAGACUCAUGCAGUUUUGUGAAGUCGUCUGUUCACCCUGAGUCCCACCUUUGGUUAAGCAACAAACUGGUGAUUCUUAAAAAGUGUUUCUGGUCUUA